ACUCAUCUUUACGUUCGGUCCCUCUCCCUCCCCUCGGCCCUCGAGCAGCUUGUCCGGUGCCCGUAAACCCUAAAAAUCCAACCUUUAACCCCAAAUCCCUCUCUUCAUCUCGCAGCCAUGGCUUCGUCGGCCGUCCUAAGAAACGCUAGCUCGAGGCGCCUGCUCCAACCCUUUCCUUCUUACUCUUCCUUCUAUCAUUCUUGUUGCCGAGGAUCGAGCUUGAGCCCUUUGCCUACUAACCAUUUGCAAUCGCUGCUCGGAUCGAAUGCGGAGAAAUCCUCGGAGGCUGGAUUCAUAUGGCGGCGAUCCAUGGCUACCUUCACUCGAACGAAGCCUCAUGUAAACGUUGGAACCAUUGGACACGUGGAUCAUGGAAAAACUACUCUUACGGCAGCAAUCACUAAGGUACUGGCUGAGGAAGGAAAAGCUAAGGCUAUCGCUUUUGAUGAAAUUGACAAGGCCCCCGAGGAGAAAGCUAGAGGAAUUACCAUUUCUACGGCUCAUGUGGAGUAUGAAACUGCUAAGCGGCAUUAUGCUCAUGUAGAUUGCCCGGGACAUGCAGACUAUGUCAAAAAUAUGAUUACUGGAGCUGCACAAAUGGAUGGUGGAAUUCUUGUUGUAUCUGCACCAGAUGGACCAAUGCCUCAGACGAAGGAACAUAUUUUGCUUGCUCGCCAGGUUGGUGUGCCAUCACUUGUGUGCUUCCUGAACAAGGUUGAUGCUGUUGAUGAUCCUGAAUUGCUGGAACUCGUGGAAAUGGAACUACGUGAGCUGCUUAGCUUCUACAAGUUCCCUGGUGAUGAGAUCCCAAUUGUUCGGGGGUCAGCUCUAUCUGCCUUACAGGGGACAAACGAUGAAAUUGGGAGGAAGGCUAUUCUAAAGUUAAUGGAUGCCGUUGAUGAGUACAUACCCGACCCUGUACGCCAACUUGACAAGCCAUUCCUCAUGCCAAUUGAGGAUGUUUUCUCUAUUCAGGGACGUGGAACUGUUGUAACUGGACGUGUAGAGCAAGGAACAAUUAAAACUGGAGAAGAUGUUGAGAUUUUAGGUUUAAUGCAGGGUGGUCCGUUGAAGACUACUGUUACUGGUGUAGAGAUGUUCAAGAAGAUCUUGGAUCAUGGAGAGGCUGGUGAUAAUGUUGGUCUUCUUCUACGGGGUUUAAAACGUGGAGAUGUACAGAGGGGGCAGGUUGUUUGCAAGCCUGGGAGUCUUAAGACAUAUAAGAAAUUUGAGGCAGAGAUUUAUGUGCUUACAAAAGAUGAAGGUGGUCGGCACACUGCCUUUUUCUCAAACUAUAGGCCUCAAUUCUACAUGAGGACUGCUGAUGUUACUGGCAAGGUGGAAUUGCCUGAAAAUGUGAAGAUGGUGAUGCCCGGAGAUAAUGUGACUGCUGUUUUUGAACUUAUAUCCGCAGUUCCACUCGAAGCAGGACAAAGAUUUGCACUGCGAGAAGGAGGACGAACAGUCGGUGCAGGGGUUGUUUCAAAAGUGAUCAGCUGAGCAGCUCUCAUCUGCUGCAUUCCCACGCUUCUUACUUAGAUGCUUAUUCAGACUAGUGGGCAUUUGCUUCUCUCAUAAAAAUGCAAUUUACAGAUAGUUUAGUUCG